AUGUUGAGAAAUCUUUCUGUUUUUUACAGGAAACCGAAACCGAUAAAUACUCUUCAAUUCGCUAGAAAAAUGCAUGUCGAUUACAUCCCAAUGAGAUGGGGCCGUGGAGAUAACUACUGCUACAUUUUAACCGAUGACAAGACAAAAGAAUCGUGGGUGAUCGAUCCUGCUCAACCUGAAGAGGUUAUUCCAGUGCUUGCUGAGAAAUUCUCGGGGCUCAAGUUCACAGCAGUCGUCAACACUCACCAUCAUUAUGACCAUUCGGAUGGAAAUACCAGUAUGUUAGAGUACUUCAAGAAGAUCUACGGCGAGGAUUUACCAGUAUACGCCGGAGAAGACUCUCCGAAAGUAACCCUCACCCCAAAACAUCUAGACCACUUAUCUUUAGGAACCAGCAUCGAAAUCCAAGCAAUCCAUACUCCAUGCCAUACCAUGGACUCAAUUUGUUGGUACGCUGUCGAUAAGCACACUGGUGAAAAAGUAUUAUUUUCUGGGGACACCAUUUUCCAUCUAGGUAACGGUCGUUUCUUUGAAGGUACUGGGGCGCAGAUGACUAAAGUCAUGAUGGAAACUAUCCCGGAUAACGUUGAUAAACAAACCAAGAUCUAUCCAGGUCAUGAAUACACUGCCAGCAAUGCUGAAUUUGCUAAAUCCGUCAUGCCUAAAAGCAUAGCAUUGAGUAAUUACAUAUCAAAAUUCACAGGGAAAGAAUUCACUUGUGGGAUGUUCAAUUUACAGGACGAGCUCGAUGCUAACCCAUUUUUCAGAUUAGAUGACCCGGAGAUCUUGAUUGCCACGAAGGGCCAAGGGAAAUCCCAGUCGGAAAUUAUGGACACUCUCCGUACUAUGAAAAACAAAUUUUAG